AGAUGUUUUCUUUCCUAUAAUUCUGCCCUUCUCUCUUUCCUUCCUUCCUUCCUUCUCUCUCUCUCUCUCACUCACUCACUCACUCACUCACUCACUCACUCACUCACUCACUCACUCACUCACUCACUCACUCACUCACAGUAUCUUGGCAAAUGGUACUUCAUUGCAACGGCUGGUGUGAAGGAGUCGGAUGUGCAGAUGUUCAGACAGAUGGACAGCACUGUGUUUCACCUGAAUGGGACCUCUGAAAAGGCACUACUGUUGACCGGAGCCAUGCGCGAGAACGUCAGUGUUGUUUACAAAAUUACAGUAGAAGCUGUCUGUGUGAUAAUGCACAUAUCUUUCCAUUUUAGGGGUGGUCAUUGCGUUAUGAAAAACUGGACCUAUACUAUUCAGUCUGGAAAAGAUGAUUUGACAUCACAAGGCAGGCCUGAGCUGCAAACUCUAGUGUGGAGUGGAGAGUGGCUGAACUGCACCCAGUGUAUCCUGCUGCAGGAGAUAGAGCGUCACUUGGACCCACUAGAGACACAUGACACCCUCAACAGAUUCAUGCUUUACGGUCAGCCCAGGAGUCAUCAAUGAUUCCAUACUGUGAUGGAAUACCAGGAAUAGAAGCAAAGCUGAGAAUCUAAGAAUUGAGAUACAUACUAUUAUUAAUACAUCACAUUGCUGUUUAAUUCAUUAUUGCAUGCAUACAAUGUACAUAUUACAUUUGAUGUGUUUUAAAUUGUAUAACAAGGACAUGGUAUAGCUGCCCAAAGGGUUAAUGUGCUUAGAGAUGCAAAGAAUAUUUGCAUGUUUGCACUGUGGUCCUCAAUGAAAAUCGUGACAGUGCCUUAUUGGAUAAUAAAGUGGGGAAGGCGUUUUGGACCCAAAUGGCUUGUAUAAACAUGGACAGAUUUGUCCAUCUCCCUCAAGAUAAAGGCUUGUGGUUUUGGUACAUAAUCUAACCUAACUAUAGAACAAAUGGACUUGGACCACCAGAGAAAAUAUAUAUUUUCUAAUAUCUAAAAUAGCAUUAUGUCUCAUUGAACUGUUUUAUUUCUAUAUAUAUUAUAUAUGUGUGUGUUUCUUUCAUAUAUAUAUAUAUAUAUAUGUGUGUGUAUGUUUCUUUCAGAGCUUUGUCAUUUAAACAAGGCGUAGCACUGAGGUAAUAAUCUAAAUUAUUCAUUCACUUUUAUGUUUAUGCACUUAUCACUACUGCUCUUCCAUUUUGUGGUUAUUAGAUUACAUUUGCUCAUCCAUCGCCACAAUCUAUUACAGGCUGCCUGCUAUGUGUUGGAGUCUUCCAUCAAGAUCAUGCUAUGCAUCGAAAUAGGUUUCCUUUUGAGAGUUUAUUAUUAGCGUAUUGCCCACUCUAACUUUGAUCUAACUCAGAAACGUGGAACUAGUUGAAAGAAGAUCUCUCCUCUCAUUUCCCAUGUGUAAUAGUAAAAACAAAUAAACAGAAAAAAAGAACAGCUACUCUUAAGUCUAUUCCAAAGUCUCAGAAUGUUUAGAAUAGCACUAAUGACCCAGGCGUAGACGUCUCAGCAUUUUCCAUCGCUCAUUUAAACUUGCAGUGACAUGGCACACAGUUAUCAAGUUUUCGAAGAAGGGCCUAUUUCCAGGCAAAUAUUUCAAUUUCACGCAUUUCUCUUUUUGUGAGGGAUGACUUUAACUGUCAUGGUUCACUGAACUGCAUUGUUCCACUCUUUUUGCCUACCUUCAUCAGUGGAGGCUGCUGAGUGGAGGAGGGCUCAUAAUAAUGUCUGGAAUGGAGUCAAUGGAAUGGUAUGAAACACCAUUGACUCCAUUCCAGCCAUUAUUAUGAGCAGUCCUCCCCUCAGCAGCCUCCACUGACCUCUAUCUAAAUACCAUUCAUCAAUUUAGAAAAGAAUCCAGGGCUAGUUUACCGGGGGAGUAGCCUCCCACGUAGUUACACUUACAGUGCAGGGGAAAUUCCCAUGAUGCUGCAGAGGCUCAGAGCACACUGUCGUUCACAACUAGAGUGGUCAUCCACAGUUCUCUUCUUCAUUUGCUGUAUUGUAAUAAUACACAGGUUGACUGAAAGCAGAAACGGUGAAAUUUGCUUUCACCUGUCCUUUUAUUUCUUGUAAGGUUAUUUCUUUGACCUUUCUUUGACCUGUUCGAAAUAAAGAAAAUAUGGGUAUAUGAAGGGGUAGACUAGGGAUUUGGGGUGCUUUGGAUACAUUGUACAUGUUAUUUCUAUGGCUUAAAUACUAUAACAUUUGAGACCAGACUCCCAUGUCUGGUCCUAUUAAAAACACCUACAUUAUACACUACAUUGGCAAUAAACCUUUUCCUAUACAAGAGGGCAUUGAAAUAGAGAAUUCUUUGAGUUAAUAGUUUCUCAAAAUUAUGUCGAAGCCAUUGAUUGAUGUAAAAUAGCGAGACUUUCAUCUGCACUGUCAUCAGUAACAAAGCACAAUGUCCAGUCAAUAUAUUUGACAUCAGGUGAUGUGGGUUUUUACUUGUAGCCUCAAGAAAAGGUCAAACAACAGUGGUGUCCUUUUGCUUAUGUAACCAUUUGAAUCCUAUGCUGUAGCUCUGGACUCGUAUUCAUAAAGCAGAGCAGGAGUGCUGAUCUAGGAUCAGUUUCGCCUUUCAGAUAAUGAAUAAGAUUACAUAGAGAGGGAACCUGAUCCUAUCAGCACUUCUACUCUGAGAAGCUUUAUGAAUAAGGGCCCUGGUUAGAAAUGAUUGACAUACCAGGGGUUGCUACCAGUGACGGGAGACAAUCGAUGGCUGAGUUAGACAAAGUCAACAUGUAGCUAACAAUGUCACCAUUCAAGUACCUCUGUGUUUCAACUAUGCCCGGGGCUAAUAUGAAUGUCAGAAAAUAUCCUGAAACCAUGAUGAAAUCCUUGUCUCUCCCUCUCCACUUAUCUCUCUGAAUUACGCACUUUCAAAGACUUGUGACGCACCAACAUGAAGACACUUGACUUCCCAGAUGCACUUUGGCAUGAAACAACUUGUUGACCGACAGAAAGUACAGAGUACAGUGUAAGAAUUUACUUCCUGUCUCUGUCAGAAUGACUUUAGAUUCUUACCUUUCUCUCACCUGUACGAUGUCCAUAACAGGACAGCCUCAAUCUCAGCAGGACAUCUUUCAGUCUCAGUAGGACUUGUUUCAAUAAGUUAAUAUAGUCACAGUACGGCUGAGAUUCUAUUCCCAGUGUGUUCUGCUUCAUUUCAGUAUAGUUUCUCAAAUAUCAAUGCCAUUUACAGUAUAUGAAAACAUAUCUUGUUAAGCCCAAGAAUUGGCAGUCAAACUCCCCCGCAUAAUAUUUCAUUACUGUCAAACGAUGGUUCUUCCAGCCCACCUCUAACACAGCUGAUUGUUGUUGAGCAGUUCGCUAGUUAUAUUGAUGAGCAGUUCACUAGUGAAACACUAAUCAGAUGGUAGUGCUGGGCAGAAACACCCUUUAGUUCUCCCUGACCAGGAAUGGUGACCGCUGGUGUAUAUACCAAUAUUGAGCCGAACACAUUCUACGAUGCUGUACAGAUUGACAUCAAUGAUCUAAAACUGGACAGAAACUGUUCAAUGAUCUAAAACAGAACAGAAACAGAAUAGAAACUGAACAGAACAUGAUUAGAUUGAUGCCAGAAGGUUUCUGCUUUCAACAACAACAGCAGUGCCUGAACUUCUGCAUUUCAGGAAGAUGGGGAAAAGACUUAAAGGCUAACAUGAUUGAAGGCCUUGUCUGAGAACUUUGCCUGCAUUGGGUAAGCACCUAAACCGUCUGUGGCAUGUCAAGAAAAGCACAGGUUGAUUGGGGAUGCCCCAUGGAGCAAGAAACCAAGAGCAGGAAAGUUACAUAGAAAUCUACCAACAAACACUCUCUCCUUCUCUCACUUUCGCUCUCUCCACUUUCUAAAAGUUACUUUCAGUCCUGUUUAUGAAAUCAACAGUGUUCAACUUCACGCAUCUGCAUUUUCAUACCCUAAGUGCAGACUAUGUGAAGUAACCAUGUUUAAUGACAGGUCAAGGCAGGCACGGGUCGAUAAUCCAGAGUGGGAGCCAAGGUACAGGACGGCAGGCAGGCUCAGGGUAAGGGGCAGGCAGAUGGGCUGAGAGUCAGGACAGGCAAUGGUCAAAACCAGGAGGGUGAGAAAAGAGACUGGGGAAAAGCAGGAGCUGAGAAACAAAACGCUGGUUCACUUGACAAACAAGACGACCUGGCAACAGACAAACAGAGAACACAGGUAUAAGUACCCAGGGGAUAAUGGGGAAGAUGGGCGACACCUGGAGAGGGUGGAGACCAGCACAAGGACCGGUGAAACAGAUCAGGGCAUGACACUGGCUAUUUCCAUGCCCUAUGUAUGUAAAGUCAGAUUGAGUCACUGUGGCUGCCAGCUGGUUUAUGAAACCAUGAAGAAAACUCCCUGUCAUGUUUUUGUACCUGUGGAACCCACUGACACUGACCUAUAAAUAUGUGUGGGAAAUCACAUGCCACCCACAACUGUCAAUGUUGUGCCUGACUCAUCUGUAGCCUUACUAGCCUAUAGUUCCUCGCCACAGGGAUGAUAGUGGUUCUGUCACCUUCUCUUUGUCUGUACUGUCAUACUUUAAUAAAAGUAAAGAUACCUUAAUAGAAAAUGACUCAAGUAAAUGUGAAAGAGAACUGAAUUUUAAAACUGAUUCUAAAUGCAUUUGACAUGUUGAAUAUGUGAAGCUAUGGUAAAUUUGAUAGUUUGCAAAUGUGAUAUGCAGACAAUGAAUGCAAUAUCCACCAUAUUGAAACAGAAUAUAUAAAUAUUGAAUUUGAAUAUUCAAUUAAGUUGUAAUAUAAUUUUAAAUCUGAAUGCAAUAUUCAUUCAAUUACUUUUUCAAAUCAUGAAAUACAAGUUAAAUUGAUUAAUUUUAUGAUUAAAUGUGUGCAUUACAAAUGUAAAAAUAUUGCAUUUGAAUUCAGUAUCUUAAUGCAAAUAAAAAAAAUGUUGAAUUCAAAUAUAGUUUCUGUUGUCAUUGAAAUCGCUCUGUAAUUGCUCCAAUCGUUCCUUUUCUGUUCCGCAUCUGAAAUGUACUUUUGGGUGUCAGGAAAAAUGUAUUGGAGUAAAAAGUACAUGAUUUCUUUAGGAAUGUAGUGGAGUAAAAGUGUUAAAAACAUUUUGAAAUGGUGAAGUUAUCAAUAUUAUAAAACUAUAAAAACAGCUGAAAACCCAAUGUUUCCAUGUCAAAUGGUUUUGUUAUUUUUCAGUCUUCUGUGAUGUAUAUAAAGUGUAAUAUUGGGAUGCAAACUCAAAAUAGAAUACAUUUAAACCAGA